AUGACGUCUGAAAGGCUCAGCCCCCAGUUACAGCACAACAUUACUGAUGAUACCUAUUGUGAGAUACACCUGGAACCAGCAUGGCUGUUCUGUGAUGAUGACCAAACCACACUUUGCAGCAAAUGCUUCCAGUUCCACAAGCACAAGUGUCACAUGGUGUAUGGGAUACAAGAAGCUGCCGAGAGUUACAGAAUGAGGAAGGAAGAAGAGCAGAAUUUUAAAGAACAGAUCGAGUCUGAAUAUAGGAUAAGAUUCUGGUUGGUGAGAGAAGAGCAUGAGCUGAACAUCCAGAAGCUGCAAGGUUGCCCAUUUGACUUGAACUUGAGAGAAGCCAGUCUGAAUCAUCUGGUCAGGUUUGCCACAGAACUAGAAGAGAAGUCCCAGAAUAUGCUACAGAGACUGAGCGAUUUGGAGAGACAGAACAUGAAUAAACUGAAGGAGAGUGCAGUCAGGGUUUCUGAACAGAUUGGCAGCCUCCAAAGGAUCACUGCAGAGCUUGAGAAGAAGUGUGGGCAACCUGCCUCCACACUGCUCCAGAAUGCAAGACAUUCUUUGGAAAGGAGUGAGUCACUACUGCUUGAGUGUCUAGAACCCGCUCAGAUCAUGGACCUGAGUUUAUGUCAAAUAAAAGGAAUGAGCAAAAUGCUAAGAAAGUUCCAAAGAAAUAUAACUUUGGAUCCUGAAACAGCUCAUCCCUGCCUGGUCUUAUCUGAGGACCUGAGAACUGUGAGACUUGGAAAUAUCCCGCAGGAUGUGCCUGGCCACCCAGGCAGAUAUGACUUCAGUGCCACUGUGUUGGGUGUGGAAAGCUUUGCCUCAGGAAGGCACUACUGGGAGGUAGAUGUGGGAAAGGCAAGAAAGUGGCAAUUGGGCAUAUACCAAGGCUCUGCAAACAGAAAAGGCCCCACGCCAGACGCUUCUGGAGAUAAAGUCUUACUCACGGGAUCUGUGAUGGGGAAGGACUGUACCUUUUGGGUCUUUCCACCUUUAAAAAGGGUCUCCCUGAAAGAGCAAAUGCACAAAGUUGGAGUUUUCCUAGACUGUGAGUAUGGGCACAUAUCAUUCUACAAUGUGACGGAGAGAUGCCUCAUUUAUAAUUUCUCUCAUCUCACCUUCCAAGGAGCUCUCAGUCCUAUAUUUUCUCUUUGUAUCCCAAAUGGAGACAUAAGUUCAGACUCUCUCACUGUCUCCUCCCCUCAUGUUCUUUCUUGUAAAGUUUCUGUUAGCCCUGAAUCUUCCUUUGUGUGAAAUCCUAGACCACAAGAGACCAGAAAGUUAAGAAAUCCAAUAAAAGACUUCUAUGACUUAGAACCGAGUUUUAUACCCCAUAGCCUUUG